AUGCAUAGUCAGAUCCCACACCCGACCCAAGUGCGGUCCGCGUGCGAGCACUGCCGCAAGCAAAAGCUCCGAUGCACGCGGCCGUCAGCCCUGGCUGAUAUAUGCACCCGCUGCCAGCAUCUCGGGUUGCACUGCCAGCUCGGCCCGUCGCGCAAGGUUGGCCGGCCCUCGAAGAGGGAUAUGGCCGCGGGCAAGAAGAAGGGCCCUGCGGUUGGUCAUGGCGAUGCUAUCACAAGCCGGCCGUCGCCCAGUUUGGUGCAUCUGGCGCGCGGUGCGGCUACUCCUGAGCUCGUUUUCGACCCGCAUCUGCUUAGCCAAGCACCGAGCCAGCCUACCCCUGUUGAUAUGGCAUCUAUAGAUUGGAUGGUUCCCGAGAUGUCUGGUUUUCUACUCAAUUCCGUCCACCAGACCGUGCUUCCUCCUCUGCCAAUCCGCGGGGGUCCCUCUGCUUUCCACUAUGAGAAUAUGCAGCGGUUUCCCCCGUCUGAUGUGCCGUCAGAGGUCAUCCAUCUAAUCAGGAGGGAGCAUUUCGUCACCUUGUCCAGGAUCAACAUGGAACUUCACUCCCUUUGGGAAACCAUGAAGAAUCAUCCGGCCAAUGGCACCUUUGAAAGUUUCCUUGGCGACUGCAGUUUGGACGACGGCACCAUUUUGAAACCUUACCAGUCCCUGAUGACGCUCUUACAGGACUAUCUCAUCACGAUCAAAGCGAUCCACAAAGCCCUAGGGACCAGGCAAGACACGGUCAGAUCAAGAGCCGCCGCCUGGGCGCGAGCGUGUUUCAUCUUGCAGUCGAAUUCCCCGGAUGACGGCAGUCCUCAGAACCGGCCACCAACCCCUGUAGCAGACCGCGUGAUUCUCGACUCGCCCAGCGCGCUGCUAAUAAUAUCAUGCUUUUCACAAAUCGUUCAGCAUCUGGAGAUAUUUCUUUCAAUCACCCAGUCCCGCCUCUUGGAUCCCAGAGCACCCUUCAUCGCGCCCGCCAACGCCAGCUUUGCCGGCGUCCCCGUCUUCGAAUAUCUUACUCAGGGAGCACUCUUCGCCGAAGUCCUCUGGAGCAGCUUUGCGCAGAUGGUGCUCGUCCUCGGGUUGCCAACCAACCCAUGGUGGUCUGGGAAUUCCGUGUGGACAGGACUCUUGGCUGAGGCACGAUUUCGCGAGCUGCUCAACCACGAACUUGGUUGCGUCGAGAAUGACUGGACAACGAGACCUACGAAUAUAAUGCUGAUGCUUAAUCAAAUAAGGCAGCUCAUCACUGAUUCUCUACUGUCCGGAUGCAUGGAUGUAUAG